GUUCCUUUCCUUUCCUAUCUUUGGUUUGUGCGCAUUUUUGUAACAGCGGGGUCUUCUCUUUAAUUUCCCUUUCUUACCGUUUAUCUCGUCCCAACUCCCUUUCUCCUCUGCCUCUGACGGCUGGAUGUUCGGCGUGUCCGCGAAGCCCCUCCCACCCCGUCGCCCGACGGACCUCCCCCGCUUCGAUGGCGUGGCGCCGCGCGUGACGGCGCUGACGGCGGGGGCCCAUCGCGGGGCCUUCGUUGCGAUGGUCCUCGUCGUCAGCGGGGUCUGGGAGUUCUGCUGCGGGGUCACUGAUCGGGCGGUCGACAUCACCGGCGUCCCAGAGGAUACCGAGGUCAGCCGGGUCUGCGAGUUCAUCUGCUACGUCGACCCCACCACGGCGGAGCUGCGCUACCACCAGCAUGCCAUGCUGGACGACGAGUUCGACUUCGAGGUCUACGGCCAGCUGGUCGGCCUGAUGGCGAAGUUUCCACAACUUUUUUGA